UAAACGCAGCAAGACCAGGGGGGGUUAGUUUAUCUGACUCGGGUUACCCCGGUGGAAUACAUUUUAAUCGGGUGAAAAGUGAUUGCAUUGUUUUGGAACUGGGCUGAUGAGUAGGAUUCUGUGUUUUCACAUGCAAAAGUGAUUGCUUUUGAUUUUUUUUAAAACAGAUUCGGUAACCUAGCUAGCUAGUGGGGGGGUUGAACCCAUUUAAAACAGAGUCGGUAACCUAGCUAGCUAGUGGUGGGGGGGUUGAAUCCAUUUAAAACAGAGUCGAUAACCUAGCUAGUGGUGGGGGUGGGGGGUUGAACCCAUUAGAAACAGAGUCGGUAACCUAGCUAGCUAGUGGUGGGGGGUUGAACCCAUUUAAAACAGAGUCGGUAACCUAGCUAGCUAGUGGUGGGGGUUGAACCCAUUUAAAACAGAGUCGGUAACCUAGCUAGCUAGUGGUGGGGGGUUGAACCCAUUUAAAACAGAGUCGGUAACCUAGCUAGCUAGUGGUGGGGGGUUGAACCCAUUUAAAACAGAGUCGGUAACCUAGCUAGCUAGUGGUGGGGGGGUUGAACCCAUUUAAAACAGAGUCGGUAACCUAGCUAGGUCGUGCGUUCAUUUUCGACGAAAGCAAAAAGAGUGCGAAUGACGAGAAAGCGUUAGCUAUCCAGCUAGCAUUAGCUAAAUUCGUUUUCAAUAGGUAACCUAACUAGCUAGCUGAAAAAUAUCUAGACAUGGACGACAAGUCAUUCACUAAGGAGUUGGAUGGGUGGAUUGAGCAACUCGGCGAAUGCAAGCAGCUCUCGGAAAACCAAGUCAAAGCCCUUUGCGAGAAGGCCAAAGAGAUCCUGACGAAGGAGUCUAAUGUGCAGGAGGUGAGAUGUCCGGUCACUGUGUGCGGAGAUGUCCACGGUCAGUUCCAUGACUUGGUAGAGCUGUUUAAAAUCGGAGGGAAGUCUCCGGACACCAACUACCUCUUCAUGGGAGACUACGUGGACAGGGGCUACUACUCUGUAGAGACUGUCAGCCUCCUGGUAUCUCUCAAGGUUAGGUACCGUGAGCGAAUCACAAUCCUUCGAGGGAACCACGAGAGCAGACAGAUCACCCAGGUGUACGGCUUCUACGACGAGUGUUUAAGGAAAUACGGAAACGCCAACGUCUGGAAGUACUUCACAGACUUAUUUGACUAUCUGCCCCUCACUGCCCUGGUAGAUAACCAGAUAUUCUGUCUCCACGGUGGGUUGUCCCCCUCAAUAGACACACUGGAACACAUCCGAGCGCUGGAUCGCUUACAGGAGGUUCCUCAUGAGGGUCCGAUGUGUGACCUGCUGUGGUCAGACCCUGAUGACCGUGGUGGCUGGGGCAUCUCUCCCCGCGGUGCCGGCUACACCUUUGGACAGGACAUCUCAGAGACCUUCAACCAUGCUAACGGACUCACCCUGGUCUCCAGAGCUCACCAGCUGGUCAUGGAGGGUUAUAACUGGUGCCAUGACCGUAAUGUAGUGACCAUCUUCAGUGCACCCAAUUACUGCUAUCGCUGUGGAAACCAGGCCGCCAUCAUGGAGCUGGAUGACACGCUCAAGUACUCCUUCCUUCAGUUCGACCCCGCCCCUCGCAGAGGAGAGCCCCAUGUGACCCGCCGCACUCCUGACUACUUCCUGUAAAAGAUCCCACUUCCUGUAAAGCAUUGCUGUCGAAUCUUCUUAGUCAAGAAGGUGGGAAAAGGGAGCGAGCCACCAUCGGUAUAGAGUUGUGACAAAUGAAGCAUCCAUCUAUCCAUGGACCAAAAUGUGUGCCAUCAUUAACCAAUGCAAAAUGAGAAAAAAAUGUCACAUUCAUCUUUAAAGAAGACCACACAACCUACACCCACCACAGUCCCGUUCCUACUCUCUGUGCAUGACGUUGUAUUUAUAUCUCUGAAAAUGAUUCUUCAUGAUAAAGAUUACAGUGGCUGUGUAGUGCACUAUAUAGGGAUAGGGUGCCAUUUUGGAAGCAGACAGUCUCUCAGUACCUGCUGGUUUUGUCAGGAAAAAUAUCUGCUUUGAAUGAAUUAAUCUGCUGAGAUUAAUUCUUAAAUGUAACUGUUGUGUUAGGACCGUAAUUAUGAAAUAGAUAGGUUCGCCUAAACUCGGCAUGGCCUCUAACUGGAAGAUUGCGGUAAAUAUGAUAUGUUGUGGGGGGGGGAAAUUGAGCAGAAAUUCUAUGGCUUUUUUUGUGUGAUUUGAAAUCAUUGUUUUUCAGGGUUGGUUGGGCAUUGGAUGGAAUUGAAUUCUUCUUUCUCUUUGCACUUUUGUAUUUAAUUUUUAUCACAUGACCAUGACAAACUACAGCAUUCUGUUUUAUAUUUCACCCCCAGCAAAUAGCUUUUCUGUCACUCACCUGUCCGUUACGUGAGUCAAAUCUAU